GGUUCCCACUUUCCCUCAUUAGCUUGUUUGUAGGAUGUGUGCAACAAGUGUAGCAUUAGCAUGGGACUUAAACGUCGUCAUUAGCGCAGCCUGAAAGAAAAGACUCGUUAGGCAAGUAAUUAACCGUGUGUCCUCCCAGGAAGCGGUGGCUAAUUGGCUCGAAGGAGCAACAACAGAGCGACUUCUUAAAGACUCUCCAUUUGACAAAAAAUACAAAUGUGGUUAAAAAUUAGAUUGGGGGUGUUAGGUGGCAAGAUGGCCCCCCUGCACUGUGUUGAGAAAGGUGAGUAGAAUUAGAGCGUCGUUUGUUGAUAGCGUGAUUUCUGUUCCGCCUGAUGAGACCCUGGAGUUUAAUUUGGGUGUUGUGGCCAAUCAGAGCACUGCUGCAUUCAGGGUUCACUUCCCCGCGGGACAUUUCACGUUGGGUUAUAAGACAAAACAAGGCGUGAGCCGUUGUUCUGUGGACGCCAACAGAUCACAGGUAGGACGUCGAACUCCGCGAUGUUGGUGUCAGGGGAGAACGCGUCACACAGCGCCUUCGUGUUCCGUGGCUUCCCGGCGCUGCACGAGCACCGGUGGGUGGUGGCGUCGCCGCUGGCCGCCGCCUACGCGUUGGCGCUGCUGAGCAACGCGCUCCUGGUGUACGUGAUCUGCAGCGUGGAGCGCCUGCACAGCCCGAUGUACGCGCUGAUCUGCAUGCUGUGCGCGGUGGACCUGGCGGCGGUCAGCGCCAUCGCUCCCAGCACGCUGCUGGGCCUGCUGCUGGACUGGGACGGCGUCUCGCUGGCCGGCUGCUUGGCGCAAAUGUUCGCCACCCACUUCCUGUCGUCGGUGGAGUCCACCUUGCUGCUGGCCAUGUCGCUGGACCGCUACGUCGCCAUCUGCCAGCCGCUGCGCUACCACGAGCUGGCCAACUCCUCGGCGUUCGUCAAGCUGCUGCUCUUCACGCUGGUGCGCAGCGGCGCCGUCAUGGCGACGCUGGUGGGCCUGGCGGCCUCGCUGGACUUCUGCGCCUCCAACGUCAUCCUGCACUGCUACUGCGACCACAUGGCGCUGGUCAGCCUGGCCUGCGGCGACACGCGGCGCAGCCGAGCGGCAGGCCUGGCCGUCAUCGCCUGCUUCGUGGGCGUGGACAUCCCGCUCAUCUUCUUCUCUUACAUGAAGAUUCUGAGCGCGGUGUCGCGGGCGGCGGCCGGCGAGGACCGCUGGAAGGCCUUUCACAAGUGCGGCACGCACCUGAUGGUCAUGAUGUGCUUCUACCUGGUGGGCAGCGUCACCUUCCUGUCGCACAACCUCAACAUCGACAUCCCCACCGACGCCAACACAGCCAUGGGCCUCGUCUACAUCGUCUUCCCCGCCGCCGCCAACCCUGUCAUCUACGGCGUCCGCACCGCCGAAAUCAGGAACGGCUUCUACCGCCUCUUUCGACUCCGAGACGCCAAGGUCUCGCCCGUGACAAGCGCGAAGACCACCAAACUGGACGACUUCCGAUAAAAAUACUUUUUAUUUCAUUAGAAAUCCACACGCUUGCUCCUAUGAAAGCAUCAAGUGGCGUUUGUGUUCAAACCGAAGAGUA